GGUUCCUACCCUGGCGUGAUCAGCCGCAAGAUGCUGUUGGGAGCAAAGUGGCAGUGACGUGCCUCGAGGGGUGAUGGCUUUGCUGGACGCAGCAGUAAGAGCGCCUGCUCAAGGAUGGAGCUGGGGAACUCCUGACAUUGCUGCGAUGCCAGCCUGAAGGCCGCCCGGCCAGGUGUUUUGCUGUUUCAGAAAGCGCCUGGGUGAGGACUGAAUCCCUGCUGCCACCUGCAAGGGAGGAAGGACAACAUCUGUGUCCCCAAGGCCACAGCCAGACUGCGCCGCCAAGAUGGCGAGCGCCCGUGGGGCAGACCCCGAUGCCGAGGACGCAGCUGAAACUGAAGAGGCCACCUACGAGGAGGUGAAGCCCUGCAACAGGAUGGAGCUGAGCCAGCAGCUGGCCGUGGAGGAGCUCAUCACCACCGAGGCCAGCUAUGUCCACAACAUCCAGCUCUGCGUGUCGGACAUCCGGGCACACCUCCAGAAGAAGCAGCUGCCUGAUCUUGACCUGGAAGGACUUUUCUCUAACACGGAUGACAUCCUCCAUGUCUCCAGACGGUUUCUGAAGGGUCUCGAGGCCACGGCCGCUCAGGAGCACGAGCAGCUGCUCUGCAUCAGCGCCCUGUUCCAGGAGUUCAAGGAGGAGAUGGAAACCGUCUACAAGAUCUACUGUGCCAGCUAUGAGCAUGCCCUCCUGCUGGUGGAGAGCUACCGCAAGGACCCCAGGCUGCAGGAGGAGAUCUUGGAGACCCUGAAUGCAACAGUGCCUCACACGGGUGCAUCAGACCUCAGCUUCUUCCUGGUCAUGCCUGUGCAGAGGGUCACCAAAUACCCGCUGCUGCUGGGGAAGAUCCUGGAGAACACCCCCACCAGUGCCAGCGCCUACCCGGCCCUGCAGGCAGCCGUCCGUGCCAUGACCCAGGUCAACGCCAACAUCAACGAGUACAAACGGCGCAGAGAAGUAGCAACCAAAUACAACAAGGCCGAGCACCUGACGCUGCGGGACCGCUUCGCACGCCUCAACACGCACUCCAUCGCCAAGAAGACCACACGGCUGAGCCGGCUCUUCAUGCAUGAGGCCGGCAUCGUGGCCAAGAUGGAGGACAGGGAGUAUGACGACCUGGAGGAGAAGUUCCAGUGCGUGGUGUCCAGCGUGGCUGUACUGAAGGAGAAUGUGGCAUCCUACCUCGGACAUUUAGAGGCGUUCCUGUUGCCCACCCCACACAAGUGUGAGCUGCAGAUCAAUGAGGGACCUGCCCAGCAGUACCAACGCUUUGCAGAAUACCUCCAUUGCACUGUUUUCCCAGAGUUUAAGCGACGGCUAGACAGGCUGGUCUGCCAGCCCCUCUGCAGCCUCUCAGACAUGCUGGUGGGGCCACAACAGCUGGUCAAGAAGCGCCUGGACAAGCUGCUGGACUAUGAGGAGAUCCAGGAGCGGAAGAGCGAGAUGGGCAGCGUGACGUACGACGAGGAGGCAGCCAUGAACACCUACCUCGCCAUCAACGCCCUGCUCGUGGCUGAGCUCCCGCAGUUCAACCAGGUGGCUCUGCAGCUCCUGGGGGAGAUACUGUGCUCCUUCAGUGCCCUGCAACAGGACUUGGCUGCCCAGGUCCUGCAGCAGGCACAAAAGGAGCUAGAGCAGAUGCCCCAUGGCCGCAUGCCUCUGCCCAGUUUCUGGAAGAUGGUGGAAGAUACCUUGCAGCAGUCUGGUGCUCAGCUCCGUACCUUCUGCCAGACAUUUGAGACUGUCACACCGAGCCCUGUUACACAGCCUCUGAACCCUGCUGAGGAACGGAAGGUCCUUUCCCUUGUGAGCAAGCACGGCCCAGACAAACUUUACCAAGUGACAAGCAACAUCAGUGGCAGCAAAGACUUGGACCUGACCUUGCAAAGGGGACAGAUUGUAGCUCUGCUGCAAAGUGUGGACACUAAGGGGAACACGAGCAGAUGGCUGGUGGAUGCUGGAGGUCCCCGAGGGUUUGUGCCUGCUGGAAAACUCCAGCCCUAUUGUCCAGUACAAAGCCAGCAGCCUGGGAUGCAGAUGCCAGCCCUGGAGAGCAGCACAGAGGGAAGGCGACAUUCAUAUGCAGCACCUGAAGCUCCCAGGCCCCAGGUGGCCACCUUCACCCCAGCUUUCCAGGUGGUUGCCGGCUUCUCCUUCGCAGCCAGGAGUCCGCAGGAGGUGAGCCUCCAGGCAGGGCAGCCCGUGGUGGUGCUGGAGCCGCACGACAAGAAGGGGAGCAAGGAGUGGAGCCUGGUGGAUGUGAACGGCCGGAGGGGCUAUGUGCCCUCCAGCUACCUGGUGACAGUCCCUCUGCAGAAGCCCAUGGGCUGGAGCUUGCCUGUGUGAGCCCGGCCAGCCCGGCACCCAAGGGCACAGGCUUCAUUGGAUGAGAGCCGUCCGCUUGGCACCCGAGGGCUCGUCACGGGUGAUGCUGGAGGGGGGCGGCUGUGGUGGCCCCAGGCUGGGAAGGUGGUGGGAAGCAGGUGGCAGAAUACGGCCCGGGGGAUGUGGGUGCAAGCGACGGCAGUCAGGAGGCACGUUUUGAUGGGUAGGCGUGAGGGUGCCAUGUCCCAUCCGUGUUUGCACAAAGGAGAGGCAUAUGAGGGAGUGAGGGCAGGUGGCUGCAGUUUUCCAGGGAUUUGCUGAAAUCCAUAUCAGUGACAAAAGUGUCCCUAGGGGUGACGAGACAGCUUUGUCCCCAGUUAGAUCAGGACCAAGCUGCAAAGAGUGCAGUGCUGCAGAGGGGGUCUUCAGCCUGGCACGGAGCAUCUGGGGCUCUUGGGAAGAGGGUCUCAGGGGAGUCGCUGGUUUGAGUGCAGAGGCCGAUGCGGAGGAGCCCCAGAGGCACGGCUCCUCACCGGGGUGUCACACCUGCCUGGGUGCCCACCCUGAUGUGCCAUUGUGGUCCCUUCGGCAGCACAGCCUUCGCGUCCUGCUAAAGGGCACGGCAACCUCAGCGUGCGCCCGGCCGCACCGUCCGCGAUGGAUGGGUGCCGGGCUGAGUGCUGUGUGUCCUCCCCAGCCCUCCUGGCCACCGAGCAUCACUCCCGGCCUCAGUUUCCCCCCCCGCCGCCCCGCAGCGGGGCUGAUGCCGCUGACCCAUUUGAGAGGCGCUUUGAGCUCUGGUGACGAGGAGCGCUCUGUACACCACCGAUGCUAUUUCGUGUGACUGAUAGGCUGACAUUAUAAUGUAUUACACCGUC